CCUGGAUCCUAUAACCUUCCGAAUUACAGAGAAUGCUGUACCCUGGAACCUAUAUCCUGCCAAAUGAUGGAGAAUGCUGUGCCCUGGAUCCUAUAACCUUCCAAAUUACGUAGAAUGCUGUACCCUGGAUCCUAUAUCCUGCCGAAUUACAGAGAAAGCUGUAGCCUGGAUCCUAUAUCAUGCUGAAUUACAGAGAAUGCUGUACCCUGGAUCCUACAUCCUGCUGAAUUACGUAGAAUGCGGUACCCUGGAUCCUAUAUCCUGCCGAAUGACGGAGAAUGCUGUACCCUGGAUCCUAUAUCCUGCCGAAUGACGGAGAAUGCUGUACACUGGAUCCUACAUCCUGCCAAAUGAUGGAGAAUGCUGUACCCUGGAUCCUAUAUCCUGCCGAAUGACAGAGAAUGCUGUACACUGGAUCCUACAUCCUGCCGAAUGACAGAGAAUGCUGUACCCUGGAUCUUAUACCCUGCUGAAUGACGGAGAAUGCUGUACCCUGGAUCCUAUAUCCUGCUGAAUUACAGAAAACGCUGUACCCUGGAUCCUAUAUCCUGACAAAUGACGGAGAAUGCUGUACUCUGGAUCCUAUAUCAUGACCAAUGACGGAGAAUGCUGUACCCUGGAUCCUAUAUCCUGCCGAAUUACAGAGAAAGCUGUACCCUGGAUCUUAUAUCCUGCCGAAUGACGGAGAAAGCUGUACCCUGGAUCCUACAUCCUGCCAAAUGAUGGAGAAUGCUGUACACUGGAUCCUAUAUCCUGCCGAAUGAUGGAGAAUGCUGUACACUGGAUCCUACAUCCUGCCGAAUGACAGAGAAUGCUGUACCCUGGAUCCUAUACCCUGCUGAAUGACGGAGAAUGCUGUACCCUGGAUCCUAUACCCUGCUGAAUGACGGAGAAUGCUGUACCCUGGAUCCAAUAUCCUGCCGAAUUACGGAGAAUGCUGUACCCUGCAUGCUAUAUCCUGCUGAAUUACAGAAAACGCUGUACCCUGGAUCCUAUAUCCUGACGAAUGACGGAGAAUGCUGUACUCUGGAUCCUAUAUCCUGCCGAAUUACAGAGAAAGCUGUAGCCUGGAUCCUAUAUCAUGCUGAAUUACAGAGAAUGCUGUACCCUCGAUCCUAUAUCCUGCCGAAUGACAGAGAACGCUGUACCCUGGAUCUUAUAUCCUGCCGAAUUACGGAGAAUGCUGUACCCUGGAUCCUAUAUCCUGCUGAAUGACAGGGAAUGCUGCACCCUGGAUUCUAUAUCCUGCCGAAUGACAGAGAAUGCAGUACCCUGGAUCCUAUAGCCUUCCGAAUUACGUAGAAUGCUGUACCCUGGAUCCUAUAGCCUUCCCGAAUGACGUAGAAUGCUGUACCCUGGAUCCUAUAUCCUGCUGAAUGAUGUAGAAUGCUGCACCCUGGAUUCUAU